UUUUCUUUUCAGCUAUCACUGGCAUGAACACUUAUUGCAGCGUGCCAGACAUAGAGGCAGAAGCCCUCGUCCUAGCACUAUGUCUGUUAAAUAUAGAAGAAGUCGAAGGAUCGCGCAAAGGAAAGUUACAGGAGGACGUCUGCUUGACGGACGAAGAAGUUGCAUUUAACUUUCCGGCAGAAUACUUGAAGGCGUCCUUGGCCGAACUUCACGAUCGCAUAUUUGCACUGAGCCUUGAUGAAGCACUCGAAACCGACAGUGCGGCUCUCAGUGUGUUGUCCUGCAUCAACCAAGGGGAGCAAGAUCAUCAUAUUUCUGCUCUUGCCCUUGAAAGAGGCGAUGAGGUACCAAUUCCUACACACUCACAAGAAAUACUUGAAUGGACUGUAUCUUUGUCUAAUAAUGAUAUCACAGGUGUAGUCGAGCCAGACCCAGGUGAAAUGGAUGACCUUGCCGGGCCGCCACAACAUUCAUAUUGCUCUUUGACCGGCCAUCAAUCACCUUGCCAAACAACUAAUUUCGUCCACCUUCUUUGCCAUUGUUUCCUCAUUUGCUAGGUGGAGAGCGGGACUUGUAUUCCAUGCUGAUAUUCACCAAUGUUACUUGGCUGGACCUAUGUCUUGCUGGUGCCGGAGUGUAUCUUGUCAAGCAGGCAUUCAGAAAGAAGAACCUUGCACCAUAUCCCCCUGGACCUUCGGGGUGGCCUCUCAUUGGGAACGUCGCAGACAUUCUUCACAGCAAGGUCUGGCUCACAUUUGCCAAGUGGCGCAAAAAA